AUGUGCACUGAGGGGAUUUGGCUGAGAGACCACUGCCGAUGCCCCACGUGCUACCACACAGACACUCGGCAGCGGCUGCUCGAGACAUACGACUUGCCUUUGGACAUCGCACCCGAGCACGCACAAAUACGAGACGAUGCGCUGGACGUCCAGUGGCCCGAUGGGCAUUCGUCGACGUAUCUUUUGUCGUCUCUACGGAAUGCAAUGGCCAAACGCCCCAGGAAAGAGACCGACAGGCAAACGUUUUGGGACGCGUCAAUUGCUGCCACGCCGCCAGUGACACAGUACAACGAAUUCAUGGACAGCACUAGUGGGAUAAAAUCAUGGCUGACAGACAUUAAACGGACCGGGUUUGCGCUGGUCGACGGAGUACCCGCCACGGAACAAGCAACUCAAGCGGUCAUCAAGCGAGUGUACGCGCCUAUGCACACAUUCUAUGGCGAAUGGUGGACGUUCUCUAACAAUGCGCUCGAUCACGCGGAUACAGCCUACACAAACCUAUCACUGCCAUCCCACACAGAUAUGACGUACUGUUCCGAUCCAGCCGGGUUACAAGUAUUUCAUUGCCUGUCCUUUGACGGCACGGGGGGUGAAAGCACCCUGGUGGACGGCUUCAAAGCGGGACGGCAAUUGCGGGACCAAUACCCUGAGAUCUACCGCACACUCACCACGGUGAACAUUCCGCAAACGUACGCCGACCCGGUCCAAAAAAUCUGGUCCACGAUAAGCAGGCCUGUCCUGAUUGUGGACUCCACCAGCUAUGAACUGGUGCGCGUCAAUUUCAACACAUGCGACCGUGCUGUGCUGGAUGCGUCUACCGUCGACAUGAGCCGCAUUCAGGAGAUCUACCGCGCUCUCCGAACAUUUGAAUCCAUUCUGCGAGAAGAACAGAACGUCUACACAUUCCCAUUGACCCCAGGAAGAGUCCUCAUCUUCGACAACUGGCGCGUGCUGCAUGGGAGGGAGGGGUUCACCGGCAGUCGCACGCUGAGUGGGUGCUAUGUCAGUAGAGACGAGCACAUGCUUAAGCAACGCAUGUACCUAGACGAAUGCGAAGAGGCGAAUUAAAGGGACCUAUAUGAAACGAAA